UCCACUACUCAUCCGUCAUCACCAUUUCACUUUCUCUCUCUCUCUCUCUCUCUCUCUCUUCUCUCUCUCUCUAUUCUUUCCCUUCAAUAUCUUAUUUUCCUUAUAACCCAUCUCCUUAGUACACACUUACCUCUCUUCCUUCCUCUCUCUCUUGCUUAAAACUCAUUACAGUCACGCUAUGCAAUAACGUUAUAGUAGCCGCCAUGGCCACUGUGAGGAAGCUCAUCGUGGAGGUGGUAGAGGCUCACAAUCUCCAACCCAAGGAUGGGCACGGCGCUUCGAGUCCUUACGUUGUUGUUGACUUCUAUGGCCAACGGAAGAGAACCAAGACUGUGAUGAGUGACCUGAACCCUACGUGGAAUGAACCUUUGGAGUUCACCGUGGGAGGCCCAUCUGACGUGUUCGGUGAUACACUUGAGAUUGAUGUCUACCAUGAUCGUCGCAUUGGACCAAGCCGGAGAAACAACUUCUUGGGUCGGAUCCGGUUGAGUUCCACCCAGUUCGUUCGUAAAGGUGAGGAGGCAUUGAUUUUCUUUCCCUUAGAGAAGAAGAGUUUAUUCAGUUGGGUUCAAGGUGAGAUUGGUUUGAAGAUAUACUACGUCGAUGAGGUAGUCCCUCCGCCGUCUCCUGCGCCACCUGCGGUGGAGGAAGUGAAGGAUGAGAAAGAAAAGGAGAAAGAGAAAGAGAAACCACCAGAAGUGGCUGCAGGAUCUGCACCACCACCGUCUGGGGAGCCGGCAGCACCGGAGGGAGAGAAAAUGACUGAUACUCCAUCGGCAGAGCCGCCACCGGAACCCAGCCCUGCGCCACCCGCAGAGGCAGCACCACCAGUAGAGGAACCUUCACCGCCACCACCGGAAAACACCAAUGAAGCAGCGAAGGCGCCAGAACCCGAAGUAAGUAAAAAUCCGGUGGACCCACCACCAGAACCAACACUUCCUGAUACUGAAAACGAGGCGAAUCCCCCCAAAAUGGUCCCAUCUCCUGAAGAAAUGUCGCAGACCGCAUCCAUCCCUGACCUUAAAGUUCCCGGAUUCAAACCCGCCCGGCCAAUCUACCGGCAACCAACGCCGGGUUAUCUAGAUUUCACGUCAGAGCCAUCAGAGAGGAUUCCAAAAGAACGGUGCUCUUACGAUCUGGUGGAGAAGAUGCACUACCUGUUCGUUCGUGUCGUCAAGGCUCGAUACAUACCCACCAACGGCAACCCGGUAGUCGAGAUCCUCGUUUCAGGCAGUCAGGUCCGGACCAAGCCGGCCCGGAAAAGCAACUUCUUUGAGUGGGACCAGACCUUCGCCUUCAGUCGCGAAUCGCCCGAGUUAGCCUCCACGUUGGAUGUCUCCGUGUUGGACGUUUCCAACUCGGACCACACGGCUGACGUGGCAGGUAAAUUCCUCGGCGGAGUUUGCUUCGACGUAACGGAGAUCCCGUUGCGGGACCCACCAGAUAGCCCACUGGCUCCGCAAUGGUACAGGUUGGAAGGAGCUCGGGCCCGCAAUGGCGAUCUGAUGCUAGCAACGUGGAUCGGCACCCAAGCUGACGAAUCCUUCUCCGACGCGUGGAAAACUGAUACAGCUGGCAGCAUUAGCUCACGUUCAAAGGUCUACCUCUCCCCGAAGCUUUGGUACCUUAGAGCAACGGUCAUCGAAGCCCAAGACAUUCUGCCGGUAACGGCGUUACGUGAAUCCAGCUUUUUAAUUAAGGCUCACCUAGGUUUUCAAGUACUCAAGACGAAAAUCUCCGUCAGCCGUAACGGAUCACCGUCAUGGAACGAAGAUCUCAUAUUCGUCGCUGCUGAGCCUUUUGGUGAUCAUCUGGUUUUCUCACUGGAAAACCGCCAAUCAAAGGAAUCUCCUGUUUUGGGGAUCGCCAGAAUACCACUAGCGAGUAUCGAACGACGUGUCGACGACCGGAAAGUGGUAUCACGGUGGUUUAGCCUCGAAGAUGCCGUGGAUGAGAAGGUGGUUUACAAAGGGCGUAUCCACCUACGCCUGUGCUUCGAUGGAGGAUAUCACGUGAUGGACGAAGCUGCUCACGUGUGCAGCGACUUCCGUCCGACCGCAAGGCAGCUCUGGAAACCACCAGUAGGUACGGUCGAGCUUGGUAUCAUCGGAUGCAAGAAUCUUCUCCCCAUGAAGACAAUCAACGGUAAAGGAUCCACCGAUGCCUAUUCCGUCGGCAAGUACGGUCAGAAGUGGGUGCGGACGCGUACGGUCACAGACAGCUUGGAUCCUAAGUGGAACGAGCAGUACACGUGGAAUGUUUACGAUCCUAGUACGGUGCUCACCAUAGGAGUGUUCGACAGCUGGGGGGUAUACGAGAUUGACGGUUCUAAUUCUAAAGACCCGGACAUGGUGAGACCCGAUUUCCGAAUCGGUAAGGUACGGAUACGUAUCUCGACUCUGGAAACAGGUCGGGUGUAUAGAAAUACGUAUCCAUUGCUCCUGUUGUCACCUACGGGGGUGAAGAAGAUGGGAGAUAUAGAGCUCGCUGUACGGUUCGUCCGUGGGGUUCCCACUCUUGAUCUCUUGCAAGUGUACGCGCAACCCAUGAUGCCGUCGAUGCACCAUAUCAGACCACUUGGAGUGUUUCAACAAGAAAUGUUAAGGAAAGCGGCGACGAAGAUCGUGGCCCAACACUUGUCAAGAUCAGAACCGCCGGUAAGGCGUGAAGUGGUGCUAUACAUGCUUGAUGCCGAUUCACAAACUUUUAGUAUGAGGAAGGUACGUGCGAAUUGGUACCGGAUCAUCAAUGUCAUAGCUGGACUGUUCGAUAUGGUCCGAUGGGUGGAGGAUACACGUACAUGGAAGAACCCAACCGCUACGCUGCUUGUGCAUGCAUUGUUGGUGAUGCUGGUGUGGUUCCCUGAUCUAAUAAUUCCCACCCUUGCAUUCUCUGUGUUCGUGAUCGGUGCAUGGAACUAUAGGUUCCGGGUGCGGGACCCACUGCCACACCUUUGCCCAAAGAUCUCACAGGCGGAUGCAGUGGAUCGGGAUGAGUUGGAUGAGGAGUUUGAUACAGUGCCAAGUAGUAGAUCAGCGGAGGUGGUACAUGCGAGAUAUGAUAAGUUAAGGACGCUAGGAGCGAGGGUGCAGACGUUAUUGGGUGACUUGGCAACGCAGGGGGAGAGGGUACAGGCGCUGGUGACGUGGAGGGAUCCACGGGCAACGGGGAUAUUUGUGGGGUUGUGUUUUGUGGUGGCGAUACUAUUGUACUUGGUACCUACAAAGAUGGUAGCAAUGGCGUCGGGGUUCUAUUAUCUGCGCUAUCCGAUGUUCCGAGAUCGGAUGCCCCCACCAGCCUUGAAUUUCUUCAGGAGGCUUCCAGCACUAUCGGAUCGUAUCAUGUAAGGGUGGAAGCAAGGUAUAUUGUUUAUAAAAGAAAAAGUUGCACUUUACGUACUGGAUCAAUUUCGAGGGCUUUUCUCUUUCUUUUUUCCUUAUAAAUUAGUCCUUAACUGUAAUUUCAGCAAAGUUUUUGCAUUGUAAUAAUUGGAAAUAUAUUAGGUUUUAUUGUUCAA